CCUGGGUAUUUCAGCAAGACUGACGGGUGGCUUCGCCGCGGCUUCCCUGAAGCUAAGAAUCCGACCUUCAUGGUCCCGGGGCUCCAGCAGCCGAGAUGCGCCUCCACCUGCUCGUGCUGCUCGCGCUGUGCGGGGCGGGCUCUACUUCCGGGGCGCUCAGCUACAGCUUAGGAGGAAGCUGGAGGAUCCGCAACGGGAACGGCUCGCUGGAUCUGUUGGGGACGGUCCCCGGCUGCGUGCACAGCACCUUGUUCCAGCAGGGCUUUAUCCAGGAUCCUUACUAUGGAUUUAAUGACCUUAACUACAGAUGGAUUUCCUUGGAUAACUGGAUUUAUAGCAAGGAAUUUAAAAUUCCUUUUGAUAGCAGCAAAUGGCAAAUGAUAAAUUUGAUAUUUGAGGGAGUUGAUACAGUUUCAGAAAUCCUGUUGAAUAACGUCACUAUUGGGAAAACUGACAACAUGUUCACCAAAUACAUCUUUGAUAUUACCAAUGUGAUCAGAGACGUGAACUCCAUUGAGCUGCGUUUCCAGUCAGCAGUGUUGUACGCCACAAAACAGAGCAAAGCUUACACCAGCCGUGAGGUGCCUCCCAGCUGCCCUCCUCGUGUGCAGAAGGGUGAAUGCCAUGUCAACUUUAUUCGAAAGGAACAGUGUUCCUUUAGUUGGGACUGGGGGCCUUCUUUUCCUACCCAAGGAAUCUGGAAAGGUGUUAGAAUUGAAGCCUAUAAUAUUUGUCAUCUGUAUGACUUCACAUUUGUCCCAAUGUAUGACAAUAGAGCCCAGAUGUGGAAGCUUAAAAUACAGGCAUUUUUUGAUGUCAUCAGCCCAACUCCAGUUGGUGGUCAAGUGAUCAUAGCCAUCCCUGAAUUAAAAAUACAGAAGACAAACAACAUUAAACUUCAACCUGGAAAAAGGACUGUUGAGCUGUCUGUGAAAAUUAACAAGAAUAUUCCUGUGGAAACUUGGUGGCCUCAUGGACAUGGAAACCAGACUGGGUACAACAUGACAAUUCUUUUUAAACUGGAUAAAGAUUUAAAUAUUGAAAGAUCAGCUAAGGUUUAUUUUAGAACAGUAGAACUUGUAGAAGAGCCCAUAAAAGGAUCUCGUGGUCUGAGUUUCUACUUUAAGAUUAAUGGACUUCCCAUAUUUCUGAAAGGCUCCAACUGGAUCCCACCAGAUUCUUUCCAGGAUAGAGUAACUUCUGACUUGUUACGGCUCCUUUUGCAGUCUGUUGUGGAUGCUAACAUGAAUGUUCUUCGGGUGUGGGGAGGAGGCAUUUAUGAGCAGGAUAAGUUCUAUGAACUCUGUGAUGAACUAGGGAUAAUGGUAUGGCAGGAUUUUAUGUUUGCCUGUGCCCUUUAUCCAAAUGAACAGAGCUUCAUGUAUUCAGUGGCAAAAGAAGUUGCUCACCAGGUCAGGAGACUGAAGUCUCAUCCCUCUAUCAUCGUAUGGAGUGGCAAUAAUGAAAAUGAAAUAGCACUGAUGAUGAAUUGGUAUAAUGUGAAAAUAACUGAUCUACCAGUCUACAUACAAGACUAUGUGGCACUCUAUGUGUCAAACAUCAGAAAGAUCGUCUUGUCAAGGGACAAGAGUCGUCCUUUUAUAACGUCUAGUCCUUCAAAUGGAGCUGAGUCCAUUGCAGAAGGCUGGGUCUCUCAUGACCCUAACAGCAAGAAUUUUGGUGAUGUCCAUUUUUAUGACUAUCAUAGUGAUUGCUGGGAUUGGAAAGUUUUCCCAAAAGCUAGAUUCAUCUCUGAGUAUGGAUAUCAGUCCUGGCCUUCCUUCAGUACAUUACAGACGGUCUCAUCUGAAAAGGACUGGUUUUACAAGAGCAAUUUUUCCUUUCAUCGACAACAUCAUCAACAUGGCAACAAUGAAAUGCUGUAUCAGGCUGGACUUCAUUUCACACUGCCCCAAAGCUCAGACCCCUUACGUCAAUUUAAAGACACCAUCUACAUUACGCAGGUGAUGCAGGCCCAGUGUGUCAAAACAGAAACUGAAUUCUAUCGCCGCAGUCGCAGUGAGAUAGUAAAUGGAGAAGGACACACCAUGGGGGCACUAUAUUGGCAGUUGAAUGACAUCUGGCAGGCUCCUUCCUGGUCUUCUCUAGAGUAUGGAGGAAAGUGGAAAAUGCUGCAUUACUUUGCUCGAAAUUUCUUUGCUCCACUGUUGCCAAUAGGCUUUGAGGAUCAAGGUAUAUUUUAUGUCUAUGGUGUGUCGGACCUUCACUCAGACUCUAAAGUGCAGCUCACUGUGAGAAUCCAUGCAUGGAAUUCCCUGACACCUUUGUACUUCACUGUGACUAAACCUUUUGUCCUCAAAGCCGGGAAGGCUGUGUCCAUCUAUGAGCAACCAGUGAAUACAUUGCUGAAGACAUGUGGGAAUUGUACCCGACAAAACUGUGUGGUUUCCUUUUACCUUUCAACUGACCGUAAACGCGUUAGCCCCACCAACUAUCACUUCCUGUCUUCUCUGAAGAAUGCCCAGGGGCUCCUCAAGCCCCAGAUCACAGCCAGCAUCUCUCAGCAAGGUGACACUUUUGUGUUUGCUCUGGAAACCUCAGCUAUUGCUCCCUUUGUUUGGUUGGAUGUAGGAAGCAUCCCAGGGAGAUUUAGUGACAAUGGUUUCUUUAUGACCAAGAAGACACGAACUGUAUUAUUUUACCCUUGGAAACCUACCACCAAGUAUAAAUUGGAGCAGUCUUUUCAUGUGACCUCCCUGGCAGAUAUUUACUGAAGGAAUCUGGCUGUAUUUUCAGUGUACACUGGGAACAAAGCCUUUCUUGAGCAGCGGCUGGAGAGGAAGACCCCCUGAGAGAAGCCGAGGAAACAAGAGGUGCAUCUGCUUAUUCACAUGUGUCUGACACUCUCUCAAUUGGUACAGUGCAUACUGUCAGGGAAGGCUGUUCCUCCAGUGAUGGCCUCAGACAAGGCUGUCCUAGGUGUUCUUUUUUGCUGUUGUUGUUUUGCUGUUCUGUGGGUUGAACCCAGGGUGCCCUACCACUGAACUAUAACAUCAGCC